UCGCGGCGAUGCGGGGCCGCGGCGGCGCCGAGCCCUGACUAAAGAUGGCCGCGCUGCCCGGUGGGAACAUGGCGGGGGGCGGCCGGGGGGCGCGGGCGGUGUUGCUGCUGCUGCUGCUGCUCGGCGGCUGCCUGGACCGGCGGUUCCCGGCCGCCGCCGCGGCCGCGCCGCCUGCCGCUGCCGUCGGCCCCCCCUCGGCGGCGGCGGCGGAGGAGACCGUGAUCAUCGGCCUGCGGCUGGAGGACACAGACGACGUCUCCUUCAUGGAGGGGGGUGCGCUGCGGGUGAGCGAGCGGACGCGGGUGAAGCUGCGGGUCUACGGGCAGAACAUCAACAACGAGACCUGGUCGCGCAUCGCCUUUACGGAGCACGAGCGGCGGCGGGGCGGGCGGGCAGCAGCAGGGGCGGCGGGGCGCGGCGGGGGCGGCGGCGGGGCGGCGGGCGGCGGCGGAGCCCCGCAGCGCUGCGGCAUCCGCACCUCGGACAUCAUCAUCCUGCCGCACAUCGUCCUCAACCGCCGCACCUCGGGCAUCAUCGAGAUCGAGAUCAAGCCCCUGCGCAAGACGGAGAAGAGCAAGUCCUACUACCUCUGCACCUCCGUCUCGGCCCCCGCUGCUGCCGCCCUGGGGCCCGGGUCUGCUGGAGGGCUUGCAGGCCCCGAGGGACCGGCCGGGCCCCCGCCCUGGGGCGAGACCACCUGGAUCUACCAUGACGGUGAGGACACCAAGAUGAUCGUGGGCGAGGAGAAGAAGUUCCUGCUGCCCUUCUGGCUGCAGGUCAUCUUCAUCUCGCUCCUCCUCUGCCUCUCGGGCAUGUUCAGCGGCCUCAACCUGGGCCUCAUGGCCCUCGACCCCAUGGAGCUGCGCAUCGUGCAGAACUGUGGCACGGACAAAGAAAAGAACUAUGCCAAGCGCAUUGAGCCCGUGCGCCGCCAGGGCAACUACCUGCUCUGCUCCCUCCUGCUGGGAAACGUCCUGGUCAACACCACACUUACCAUCCUGCUGGACGACAUCGCCGGCUCCGGGCUGGUGGCCGUGGUGGUCUCCACUAUCGGUAUCGUCAUCUUCGGCGAGAUCGUGCCGCAGGCAAUUUGCUCUCGGCACGGCCUGGCCGUGGGCGCCAACACCAUCUUUCUCACCAAGUUUUUCAUGAUGAUGACCUUCCCGGCCUCCUACCCUGUCAGCAAGCUGCUGGACUGUGUCCUGGGUCAGGAGAUCGGCACGGUCUAUAACCGUGAGAAGUUGUUGGAGAUGCUGCGGGUCACCGAUCCAUAUAAUGACCUAGUCAAGGAGGAGCUCAACAUUAUUCAAGGAGCCCUGGAGCUGCGCACCAAGACUGUGGAGGAUGUGAUGACACCCCUCCGAGACUGCUUCAUGAUUGCUGCUGAGGCCAUGCUCGACUUCAACACAAUGUCUGAGAUCAUGGAGAGCGGUUAUACCCGCAUCCCCGUUUUCGAGGGCGACCGCUCCAACAUCGUGGACCUACUCUUUGUUAAGGACCUGGCUUUUGUGGACCCCGAUGACUGCACUCCGCUCAAGACCAUCACCCGCUUCUACAACCACCCACUGCACUUUGUCUUCAAUGACACCAAGCUCGAUGCCAUGCUGGAGGAGUUCAAGAAAGGCAAGUCUCACCUGGCUAUAGUACAAAGAGUAAACAAUGAAGGAGAAGGGGAUCCUUUUUACGAAGUCCUGGGAAUUGUCACUUUAGAAGAUGUGAUUGAAGAGAUCAUCAAGUCUGAAAUUCUGGAUGAAACAGAUCUAUACACUGAUAACAAGACGAAAAAGAAAGUAGCUCAUCGGGACAGGAAGCAGGACUUCUCUGCCUUCAAGCAGACAGACAGCGAGAUGAAGGUUAAAAUCUCACCGCAGCUCCUCCUGGCAAUGCACCGGUUCCUGGCAACAGAAGUAGAAGCAUUUGGUCCAUCCCAGAUGUCAGAGAAGAUCCUUCUCAGGCUGCUAAAACAUCCCAACGUCAUCCAGGAGCUGAAAUACGAUGAGAAGAACAAGAAAGCCCCAGAACACUACCUCUACCAGCGAAACAAGCCUGUUGACUACUUUGUUCUCAUUUUACAGGGGAAAGUGGAAGUGGAGGCUGGGAAAGAGGGGAUGAAGUUUGAAGCUGGUGCUUUUUCCUACUAUGGGGUGAUGGCCCUCACAGCAUCACCAGUUCCCUUGUCCCUGUCUCGUACCUUUGUUGUCAGCAGAACAGAGUUGUUAGCAGCAGGUUCUCCAGCUGAAAACAAGUCUCCACCUCGGCCCUGUGGCUUGAAUCACUCAGACUCGUUAAACCGAAGCGAUCGCAUCGACGCAGUGACACCGACGUUAGGCAGCAGCAACAACCAGCUGAACGCAUCCUUCCUCCAGGUGUAUGUUCCAGACUACUCAGUGAAAGCACUCACAGACAUUCAGUUUGUCAAGAUCUCAAGACAGCAGUACCAAAAUGCCCUGAUGGCAUCCCGGAUGGACAAAACACCUCAGUCCUCGGACAGUGAAAACACUAAAAUCGAACUGACUCUUACGGAGCUGCACGACGGUUUGCCGGACGAGACAGCAAACCUGCUGAACGAACAGAACUGUGUGACUCACAGCAAGCCCAACCACAGUAUGCACAGUGAAGGAGCCAUCUAGGAGCUGACUCCCCACAACCCACCCAUCCCAUCUCCUCAGCAGGACCAGCCCUCGCUCCCUCCUGCCUCCUCCCCGAGUGUGAACACCGUUAGUAUGUGCUUGCAACACUGUGCUGCAUCCAGUGUUCUGAGACCAAAGACUUUUGCGUCCGUUCUGGGAGCAGAAGAGGAAGAAACAGGAGGAAAGGAGCAAAGAGCAAGAGAGACUAAAGCCCCAAGAGUACUUUGGGAACGGUGAGCCACCCUUGAGAACGAUGAAAAUACUUCUUGCAAAGUAGAAUCAUGUUUAUUUUUUAUCUGUAUUUUUGAUCCUUGUUGGGUUUUUGCUCCUCAGACACAUAUGGAGAAGUGUAAAAGCUCCUCCAGUUAUUUUUUCAAGAGAGAUCAUGUUUUUAAAAAGUAUUUUGCAGAGUUUUAAAUUCUUUCUGUCCCUCCUGAACCUCAAAUGGGCUCUGUUGUGGUUUUGUGAAUUGGCUCCAAUGUCCUUAAGGCCUCUUCUCACCCCUCUCUGGUCCUUUUUUUUUUGUUGCCCUGUUGAAGAAGUUAGUAACUAUUACUUGUGUGUUGUUUGUGUCCUAAGAAUGAGCGAGCUUCAAGGAAAACUCUGGUUUCGACCACCUUGGAGGGCCAAGGGAUGAGUAUUAUGGCAUUCUUAAGUUUCAGGGAAGGGGUGGUUACAUUGGUAUUUAAUGAUCUCUCUGAUUUUGGAAGAUUUCCAUGUAAGACAGGCAAAAGCCUUGUUACAGUUUUGUAAGCUCUAAAAACUUUGUGUACCUUGAAGGUGAUGCUGGGGCAGGGGAAGGAGUUAAUUAGCAAAGCUGCAGUCUGCUGAGAGCAGAGCUGGGUGUCAUUUUCCACCACCAAGCGAGUGAGUGACUUUUCCUUGGUGUUCCCGCUGCCAGCACGGUGGGUGACAGCACAGCCCGGCCCCGUGUGCUACCGGAGCACAUGUGCAGCCUUUGCUAAAUAACACAACAUCAGCCCCUGGUUCGCCUUCGGGCUCUAGUCUUAAACAGAAAAGAUGCUGCUACAGUUAUGCCCAAAGUACGUCCUCCACAGCUCUGCCAGUGCAAGGGUGGGCUCUGCUGAGGGGUCGGGACCAUCCUCUCCAAGAGCUGACAAGACUUUCUGGACGCGAGUGUAUUGCACUUCAGGGAUUAGAAGAGGUUCAUUUCCAGGCUGUUCCCAGCCACAUUCCUUCCUUUGAGUGCAUUUAGUGCAUUUCCUUCUCUCUUGCCCCUUCUAACUGCCGUGGAGGCAGAGCAGAGGGCCUCCCGCCCAGCUGCCGCUCGUGCAGGGCACCCUGCGUUGGGCAGCAGGAGCCAGUUCCUCCACCCCUAAACCCUGAACACAGGCGGGUGCAAGCGAGAGGCACCUCGUGGGAGUUGUGCAUCACACAUUCCCCAAUCCCACAGGCAGAGUCUAAGUCCUCAAAUGAAACCAAAAAAAAGUAAUUUCCCUGCCUUCCAGUGCUGUCAAACACAAUGUGAACGUUGCCCUCGGUAUCUGGAGUGGUUAAUAAAUCAGGCGUUGCGGUU